AAACGCUCCAUGUCCGAUAGUCUUCAGCUUCUUGAACGCAGUGACAUCCACCCGCCGUCUCUUGUCUCUAAGGUAAUCCGACUCAUUUUGGAACCACCGCAUGCGCAGGUUCUCCUUCUGAGCGUGACUGAGCUUCAUUUCGGCCAUAUCACGUUCCAUCGCCAGUCUGCGUUGUUCGCGUGAAGAAGGUUGUCGGAAAAGGGGAAAGUACAGAUUCUCAAAGUAGAUGCGAGCAGAGACCGCCUUCUCUAAAGUGGCGAGAGAAGGUGUGAUUGGUUUCGGGGGCGGGGGAACGAAAUGCGCUUCUUCAGAUUCAUGCGCAGCAGUUUCGUCCGCCUCUCGGUGUGCUUGGAGGCCUCCAGCCCAUCGGAUUGUCGAGUUGCCCGGUCGGCCGAGAAUCUCGGGUGAAGGCAAUGACGGAGUCAAGAAGUUCUCACGCGCCGCAGUGGUCAGCGUCGAAGAAGUGGUCGUGGUACUUGGGCCCCCGUUGACGACUCGAAGGGGCCCCAGGAUGUUACCAUCCUCGGGCUUGGUUGGUCUGUCGGACUCGGUUCUUGAUCGGGUUUGCCCACCGGGGAUCUAGAGGCUGCUGUGAACAAUCGAACGAGGUGACAACAGGGAUGGCCGACCUCCUAACUUGCCCAUGCCAUCGGGGCCCCAGCGAGUGAGAAGAGCCUCGAAUUGGUCUGCAUCGGAAGCAUGAACAAGGUGCCUGAGACGUAUAAGCAUCAGGAAGAACUCAGUUUGGUGGAGAAUGGACAGACACGAAUCCGGUAGGACGAGAUACCAUGUCCUUGCUGAUUCUCCGGGCUUUUCGGGAUGGCGGGGAUACGGGUUGCGAUGCGGUGGUAGGUGGGAGUCCGGGCUUGAUUUCCUCGUACCUGGGCCCAGCGACGACCGGCUCCUGUUCUCCCGUUGCUGCUCCCCAUAGGAAGCGGGAAGCAGCGGCAGAUGGAGUGGGGAUUAUGGAAAGAAGGUCAUAGAAUCCUGUCCCGAUCUCGUUGGCCGAGUCUGAGAUGGAGGGAUCGAAACUUACCCUUGUGAAGAAGCGUUCCACCGCGCAGGGUUGUGGGUAUGGGGGGUGGCUGUUGUCGAUAGGAAUACGGUGCGAAUUGCGAGCCCAUGUAGGGAUAUCCAUCAGGGUGAAAUGAAUCGUAUCGAUAAUCGUCGUCGUACGGAGAUGCUCGUGCCUUGACCGUGGGAGGCGUCGGCAACGGGCGUGGUCGGUACGCCAUGGACACCGGAGCGCUGAGGCUCCCAAUUAUGGUCACUGAUGAUGACAAAUCGAGAGCACGGGCUAGAGCGUGGCGGUACGCUCAUGUUUGACAGUGCUGCACGUGACGACGCGGAGACUCGCUUACGUUUGCCGAUUCACCAUGUCGGGGAGCUCUUACCGAUUACGAUCAUCCUCCACUUCGCAAAGUCACUGCAUCUUGAAGACACCGUUCACACUCGGAUCAUGUGUUUUCGCGAGGUUACCUCCACUCGGUGUGAUUAUCGCCCAUCGGUACGUACACGCUCUCCGCUUGUGAGCCUCGUGUGCAAGCCAACCGUGUCGUGCCGACAACCGUUGCCUGCUGAACCUGUGACGUCUCUCAUCCCACUGCCAGCGUCAAACGCAGCUCUUCUCUGCCGCCGACCUUGCGGCACGUUUCCUCGGGGAGGGAAGAGGAUUGACUCCGAUGCCAUCGUUUGUUCUCAGAUCCGGGGAUGUUUUCGACAUCAGUCAGGGUGCUGUGCUGCGUAGCGGCCCAACCCUGACGCUCUUUGUUUUCCGCGAUCCUCCCAGACAGUGUGGCAUUUGAUGCCGACCCAGCCUCGGAGCCCACGAGGCCUCUCAUUCGAGUCAUCAGUGACAAGCGUAAUGAACUCGUGUUGCACCACUUUUGUGGAAGGAUUUUUGUUCGAGGUCCGGCGAGCUGGCUCCUCGCAACCUCCGCAGGAAGCUUGUUGGCGAUUACCAGUUCGGUAAACCGGUCAAUAAGCUUUUUGGUUAACAGGCGGGGUGCAUGCCAUCGCCCCUUCCCUCUUCGCACCAAACUGUGUCUUACGCGCGUUCGCCCUUGCCCUACUUGCCAUACUCCGCGUGGCUCUGCUACAUGCUUGUAGCAGCUUGUCUGACGCUACCUUCCCACUGUCCCUGAUUUGCCUCGCCUCCGUUUCAAGCGUUCGAGUCCUGCAGUGUCGCGUUCACCGCGUGUUUCCUUAUACUUAAUCCUCGUUGACACCCGGGAAAUCAUCACUAAUAUUCGUUCCCUUCUCUUCAUUUAACUACUCGGCUGGCAAUGUCGACCCGAGAUGACCGUUAUUACAACUCGCAUCGGGCACGCAGCCCCUCUGCAGACCAGAGCGGCGGCUUUUUCCAGACGGGACAGGGUGGGCGGACUCUUCUUCCGCCUAUUUCUUCGGCAUCUCCAAUCUCACACAUUCCAGUGCCCCCUCAUUCCAGCCAGUUCCAGUCACGUCGUUUUGAGUAUAAUCAGCCGUGCAACAACCAGUGGCAGCCUAAUAACGCUCCUAUGCCCGCCCCCCAGCCCAGCUACUUUUAUGAGGACACGCGCUUCGCGUCGUCACAGCCAGCGUACUCCGCGGCAAUGUACGUUCCGCGCUCAGCAUCAGUUGCCCCAGGCCAGACCUCCGACAUGCGGAAGCUACCGCCGCUGAGUACGACUCCUGGGCCAGCUCGCGAUGACAGAUGGAACAGCUCCUACGCGCCUCAUGGCUUCAACGGCGCUCAACAAAACACUGGGAUCCGAUCGCCGACUGCGUCGUACCCAGUCCCAUACAACUCCGCUUAUCAGCAACCACCCAACUAUUCGUACCAACCCCUAGGCACGCAUAUGAUGCCCGAUGCACUGCGCUCGAGUUCCCCGUACGGCCGAGCCCCGCCGACACCGCCACCGGUGUCGCCGACGAGCGCCGACGAGCCCACGGUCAAGAAGAAACGGAAACGGGCUGAUGCAGCCCAAUUGCGAGUGCUGAAUGAUACGUACGCCAGGACCGCAUUUCCGUCGACGGACGAGCGACUAGCGUUAGCCAAGGCCCUCGACAUGUCGCCGAGAAGCGUCCAAAUCUGGUUCCAGAACAAGCGGCAGUCGAUGCGACAGACGAAUCGGCAGAGCAAUUCUGCGCACCAGUCGUUCUCGCUCUCGUCGGACGAGCAGGGCAUCGACGACGGGGAGUACGAGCCCCGGGGAUCGGCACAGCAGGUGUCCUCUUCCCAUCGACGUGGCAGGAGCCAGGAGGAAGCCAUUGACUCUCGAAAAUGGGGCCCCCGGGGCUACUGAAUGGACGUUCGCUCGUGGUUGCUAGCGUCACUGGCUUCUUGGUGGGAUGAGUUUCAUUCCUAGAUCCUUCUUGGCUUCCUAACUUAUGUGCCUUAAUCUCACGCUAUUUCGCUCAGAUCUCGUCGUGACGGACCUGUUAUUGAUUACAUACCGUACUGCCACCCCCCACCUAGUUAUGGAGAUCGC